AUGGAUGGUGAAGAUUACUUGGCAAAAUUUCGCGGUCCAACGUUCAAUGCGUUGAUCGAGUUUGCCGCCAUGAAGAAGCAUUCCUUGAUUCGAGAGGUGGAAGUUCGUUCGCCGACGGAAUUAUCUGCCAUCGUCGUUGGUGUGUCCGUAUAUGAAGUUCUGAGAGAAAUGCCUGAGUGUAAUAUUUUGGUUCACGCUAUGGAGAGAGUAAAGCGAAAGCAAUCAAGAUUGGAGAAGAAUAAGAUAUUUCUGUGGAUGGAUGAGAAUUUGCCAUCGAAAGGGGUGCCACCACUUAUGAAUCAACAUUACAUGCGAAAGGCGGACAUGCGACUCUUUCUGGCGAGAUGUCCGAUGAGCGUCUUGCCAAAUUCAGUGUUUAAGCCGUUCAUACCUAUUGUGAAGAACUUUCUUCUUGCACAUCUUUACAAAUUUCGAAGGAACAGGAUGCUUUACAGAGGCCCUCCUGACUUCCCUCCUGAAGACCAAUUGCCUCGUGUAAUCAAUGCCUUUGGAACCGUGGAAUAUCUAGAAAAUAACUACCCUCAUCUCGCUCGUGUGAAGCAAGAAAUGAUUGUCAACAUCACGCAUUUCAUCAUAACCUAUUGCUUGGACUGGAUCUGUGAGGUACUAACUCUGAGGUCUGAUGUCUAUGGAUUUGUGACGUAUAGCUAUCCAGCGUUUGAAAUGUUGGACGAUGGGGGCAAUCCAUGGAGUCAGGAGGGUGCGCAUUUUCUGAGAAGUGGUCCAGAAUAUCCGAGGAAACGGAGAGCGGAGCUGGAAAGAUUUGACUACAAUGACAAUUACAGGCAUAAGCGUGCGAGAAAGGAACGAACAACAGCGGAUCCACAAAAUGUUAAUGCAGAGGAGCUGGAAACCGCUGGUCCAUCGACUAGUAAAUCAUCAACACCAACAAAUCAACUAGCGUCCCUCAUUGAGGCAGAACAACAAUCUGCGUCAUCGCUGGUGGGAGAAAUCUCACCCUGUGGCGAUGAUGCUUUGCUGAAGGGUUCUGCUGUCCAGGACGACUGGACAGAUAUGUUGGAUAUGGUGCUCACGGAUCCUGAUCUACCAUCGCAGUAUAAGACAAUGAUUCAGCGUUUGGUUGCCACUAAUAGGGACUUGAAAAACGCCAUCAGUCAGAUGAAGUCAGAAGCGUAA